UAAAUUUCAUAGGUUAUGUAUUUAGAAUCAUAAAAUAUUUAUAAAAAAGUUUUAUUAAAAAUCAAUACCAUUAACUUGCGAAGUUAAAAAAUGCGGUAUUAUCAUGUCAUAAUUGAUGAAAUUUUUAUGAACUCAUAACUGACAAGAAUGGAUAAUUCUCAGAAGUACAUAACAAUAUCUGUAGCAGCAUUUAUUUGUUACUGCAAUACCUUAGGAGGAUCGUUUGUUUUUGAUGACAAUGAAGCUAUUAUAAAAAAUAAAGAUGUGAUGCCACAUACUCCCAUUUUGAAUAUAUUCAAAAAUGAUUUUUGGGGGACAGAUAUUACUUUGAAUAGCAGUCAUAAGUCUUACAGGCCACUUACAAUAUUAUCUUACAGAUUAAAUGUACUUUAUUCUAAGAAUAAACUGGAUGCGUUUCAAUUCCAUGCAACAAAUAUAAUUCUCUAUGGACUUCUAUGCCUACUAACAGUACCUGUUUUUGAACUAUUUUUAAAAAAAUCAAAAUAUGCUACUAAUAUCCAUGACAUCGCCUUCCUGUCUGGCUUACUGUUUACUGUACACCCUAUACAUACAGAAGCAGUAGCUGGUUUGGUAGGCAGAGCUGAUAUUUUGAGCUCAGUAUUAUUUUUUGUGGUCAUUUUACUGUUUCAUAAAUUUAGAAAUAGUUUUGGAGAAAGUGUAAUUUUUUGGUAUGUUCUGGUAGCUAUAUUAACUUGUUGUGCUGUCCUUUGUAAAGAAACUGCCAUAGCUGUAGUGGGUGUGCUAAUUCUGUAUGAUAUAUACAGAGAAAAGCGAAAGUCAGUUCCAUGGUCAGAAAUGUUAAGAUUUUGGUUGAUUGUAAGAUGCAUGUUAGUUCUGAUAAUGGGCAUCAGUAUUAUGUAUUUUCGUUUAGAAAUUAUGAAUUUCGAAGGUCCCCUAUUUACUUAUAAGGAUAAUCCAGCAGCAUAUGCUCAAACUGUGUUUACAAGGGUUUUUACAUACAAUUACAUUUAUUUGCUGAAUUUUUUAUUGUUACUAUGGCCUCAGUGGUUAUGUUUUGAUUGGUCCAUGGGGUGUAUACCCUUAAUAGAAAGUAUAUGUGAUAUUCGUGUUGUGUUUGUCAUACUUUUUUGGUGUCUAACGUCUUUUGGAUUGUUUGCUAUGAUGAAACAAAACUACAAAAAUGAAGUUUUGGACGCUAGAGUUAUGGCAGUCUGUCUCAUAGUUUUGCCGUUUUUACCUGCGUCAAACAUUCUUUUUACUGUUGGUUUCGUUAUAGCAGAAAGGACAUUGUUAUUGCCGAGCGCAGGAUUUUGUCUUUUAGUAGUUAUUGGAUAUAAGAAACUUCUAAGGAAAAGUGACAAUAAUAAAAUUUGCUCCUGUUUUUUCUACGGACUUUUAGUAUUGUUUAUACUUAGAACGGUAUUACGUAAUAUGAACUGGCUCACGGAAGAAAAACUAUUUUCUUCGGCGUUAGAAGUAUGUCCUUUAAAUGCGAAAGUACACUACAAUAUAGCGAAAAUAGCCACCGACAAUAAUAAUAAACCCUUAGCUUUGGAAGAGUAUCAAAAAGCAAUACAACUCAACCCGCAAUACGAACAAGCGAUGAACAAUUUGGCUAAUUUGCUCAGAGAGGACAAGAAAUUCGAAGAAGCUGAAGUUUUGCUCAGAAAAGCUGUUGAAAUAAGGCCAAAUUUUGCAGCUGCUUGGAUGAACUUAGGAAUAGUAUUAACCAACUUAAACCAAUCGGAAGAAGCUGAGCACUGUUAUAGGAUGGCAAUAACUCAUAGAAAGAAAUAUCCUGAUUGCUACUACAAUCUUGGGAAUUUGUAUUUGGAUCUAAGACGAAAUGAAGAUGCUCUAAAAUCCUGGGAAAUGGCUGUAUUGUACCGACCAACUCACGUAGCCGCUUGGAGUAAUACGUUAGUGUUGCUAGACAGUAUGAAAAAGUACGACGAAGUGUUAGAACUGGGGCGUACGGCGCUCAUUCAUAAUCCCAAAGCUCCGGCAUUGCAUUUCAGUUUUGCGAAUACAUUGGGAAAGAUACAGCAGUUUGAAAAGGCGGAAGGACAUUUUUUGGAAGCCAUCAAUCUCAAUCCAGAAAAUGGGCUUUAUUAUUCAAACUUAGGAGUUCUCUAUCACCGAUGGGGUAAAAAGGAGAAAGCACGCCAGAUGUAUCAAAAAGCCCUUGAAAUUAACCCGACCCUAAAAUCGGCCGAACUGAACCUCAAAAGACUAACCACUGAUGCUCAAAAAGACAAACUUUAAGAAAUUGUGUUACUCUACAAAAAAAUUCAACCUGAAACACUCAUGUUUUGAUCUUUUAUGAAUAUGUAAUUUUAUUUUCUGUGAUUUUAUAUUUAUAAAUAUAUUAUUUAUUAUU